CCUUCUUUCCUCUACUUGUGGUUCCUGUUACCGACGCGUCCAACCGCGUCCCAAAAACAUUUACCUACCUUCCUCGCCGCCGAUCACCUUACCUUUGAUCGUCCCAUCUUCUCCUCCUCCUAUAUUACUUCCGCUAUCCUAUAUCACGACCCAUCCAUCCAACCAAAAACUAAAAUAAGAUAAACUAAACUAAAAACCUAUCAUCACCAACCAACCGCCAAAAUGCUCACCAACCGCCGCACCACGUUAAUGAUCCCCUCGCCCAACAGCAACGCCAACAACGGCCGCCCCGCCUCCUACGGCGCCCCCGUCCCCAACAACCUCAGCAGCCUGCGCCCCUCCGACGAGCCCCACAGCGCCGCGCCCGCCAUCCUCACCUCCACCACCCCCUCCCUCCCCGGCUACCGCAUCGCGCGCGUCCUCGGCGCCGUCUACGGCGGCACGGGGUACGCGCUCAAGGACACCAAGUCCAUGCUCAAGGGCGCGGUCACCGGCGCCGAGGUGCGCGCGCUCACGCACAUGAUGUACAACGCGCGGGACCAGGCGCUCGAGCGCAUGACGCGCGACUGCGUCGCGCGCGGCGCGAACGCUGUCGUCGCCGUCACGUUCGAGGAGAGGGAGGUCCUGGGGUGCUUUUUGCAGGUCACGGCCGUGGGCACCGCGGUGUACGCCGAGAGGGAGAGGCCGCAGGGGCAGCCGCAGACGCCGAUGACGGCGACGUUCUUGUCGCCGACGAGUGCCGGGUUUGGCCACGUUAAUAAUGGUGGCGAUGGAAACGAUCCGAAUCCGUUCGGGUCGCCGAGGAAUGCGGAGUUCCCGUUGUCGUAGGUGGGAAAAAAAAAAGAGAAUAAAAAGGGAAGGGAGGGGAAGGGAGGGGAGGCGCUUUUAUUUCUUGAUUUUCUACAUUUUAUGCGCGAUGAGGAGGAGGAGGAGAGGAGGAGCUGAGGAGCUGUUGGGUGGUUUGUUUGGCUUGAUACCUGGUAUGCUAUGUACAUGCAUAGAUUUUUGGUGCGGCAUAAAGAUAAAGCUUUGUUUGGGGUCUAUUUUUAUUUACAUAUUGGGUU